AUGGAAACAUGGAGGGAGCACCACGACGGGCAGCCCAUCAACGAGUACACGGGGUGGGCUCUUGCUCACAAGGGCCCAGCGAAAGCGCCCUCCACCACGUACAGCUCUUCGGACGGGCCCGAGAAGUACACCAGCCCGAGAGUGCACGAGAAGCUCACCAAGUACGCCGACGCAGCUCGAGCGGCCCAUGGCGACAACUACGACGUCACCAGAGAGCCCAUAGACCCUAAGCUCGUGAUGAGGUUGGGAGGAGGGAAGCAGCACAGGCGGUUCUAUAUGGCCCACAGCGCCAUUGACCCGUCCUCUGUCCCGACGCUGACCCAGAUCCGCAAGGAAGACCAGCGUAGGGGCGGCGCACCGCGGGUCCCCAUAGCGCCUCGGGAGCAGAGCAGUGCGCAGCAGAUCGCGGGUCUUCAGCAGCACGCGGCCUCAGUUGCGCAGCACUACGAGCAGGCGUGGUCGCAGAUGUCCCAGCACAUGCGUGCCAUGGGAAUGAGUGAGCCUCCAGCCGCUUUCUUCGCUCCACCUCCAGUACCUCCACUGCCACCUUUUCCUGCACCUCGUCCGACACACUCGGCGGGUUCGAACCCAACUCCAGGUGCUAGCCCUCCAGCGAGUGCUUCUCCACAGGUUUCUCCUCCACACCCCGGUUUGGGUCCUUACCAGAGCCUCCUCCAGAGCGGGCAGUCGUUCGGCCCGACACCUCCACCGACGCAGGGGUACUCGUGGCCGCCGCAGGGGCAGCCCGGGCCGUCUCAGUUCCCCACGCAGCCGGGGUACUCGUGGCCGCCGCAGCCGCAGCCCGGGCCGUCGCAGUUACCUCAGCAGCUCGGCCACUGGCAGUACUCGUGGCAGCAGCAGCAGAUGCAGAAUCCGCAGCCGCACGGGGGUUGGCCUCAGUGGGAGGAUGCUUCUGGGGGCUCGGGGACCCAAGGGGACGGCGCCACGAGCUAG